AUGGGCGCCCGCCCGGCCCAGUCCACCUUUUGCGCCUCCCUCAUCACCCACCUCAACCUCAACCGGCGCUCCGCCUUCUACGUCAACCUGGACCCCGCCGCCGAGACGUUCGAGCACCAGCCCGACCUCGACAUCAAGGACCUCAUCUCCCUCGAGGACGUCAUGGAGGAGAUGGGCCUCGGCCCCAACGGCGGCCUCAUCUACUGCUUCGAGUUCCUCAUGGAGAACCUCGACUUCCUGACCGAGUCCCUCGACUCGCUGACGGAGGAGUACCUCAUCAUCUUCGACAUGCCCGGCCAGAUCGAGCUCUACACCCACGUGCCCAUCCUGCCCGCCCUCGUCAAGUUCCUGACCCAGGCCGGCUCCCUCGACAUCCGCCUCUGCGCCGCCUACCUGCUCGAGGCCACCUUCGUCGUCGACCGCGCCAAGUUCUUCGCCGGCACCCUGAGCGCCAUGAGCGCCAUGAUCAUGCUCGAGAUCCCCCACCUCAACGUGCUGUCCAAGAUGGACCUCGUCAAGGGCCAGGUCAAGCGCAAAGAUCUCAAGAAGUUCCUGACCCCGGACGUCGCCCUGCUCGACGACGACCCGGCCGAGGUGGCGAGGCGCAGGGCCGAGGGCGACGAGGUCGGCGACGACGACAUGACCGACCCGCAGCAGCGGGAGGCCAUCAUGAAGGGUUCCAGCUUCAGGAGGCUGAACCGGGCCGUGGCCGGUCUGAUUGAGAGCUUCAGCAUGGUCAGCUACCUCAAGCUCGACUCGUCGGACGAGGAGAGCGUCGGCGCCAUCCUGAGCUAUAUCGACGACUGCAUCCAGUACCACGAGGCCCAGGAGCCGAGGGAGUUGAAGGACGAGGAGUUUGAGGAACAAGAGUAA